UGUUGUGAGUAGGAGGCGCACUGGAUGUCAGUCUGGUGUGAAGUGGUGGUGUACCUCGGAAUGAAAUUGUAGCAGACUUAAUCGAAAGUUUGUCUGUCGUGAGUUAUUGCUGUAAAUUAACAGAAUGCUGGUGCGUGACAGGAUUUUUCGUGUUCUGAUAUUUCUAAAAUUGUGUUGUUUAGUAUGUUGCUAUAAAUCGGACAUUAUGAUCACUGAUGAGGGUAUUGUUACGCGCGAUCAAAAUUCAAUAUUGAAAGUUAAUAGAAGCAAUGGAAUUUCACGAAAUGUGGGUAAUUUGCUGGAAGAGUGUGAGGACUACUGGGUUUGCUUUACAUACAGGAUGUUAAAUAACAUAAGCGAUAUAAUGAAGACAAAUAAUUUUCAUUUGACAGAAAGUAUUUCCUUAAAUCGUAUACCGGUACACAGAAACAAAAUGGAGAAUGAAAUUAUGUCUGUUUACGACGAACAGAAAAAGUUAAUAGCAAGUGCAGGUAAAGGCUAUGGACAGCUGACGGCGGCCCUUAUAAACAGUACAAUAAAACUUUUUAGAACACAUUUUUUAACGUGGAACGUACUACCUGGAGUGAGUCUUAGGGUUUACCGAAACCUGGAACAUGAUGGUGCUUGGGACGCUGCAGUGGAACUUCAAGAAAGCAAACAAGGAAGUCGGACGUUCGGAGCACGACGUAGGAUUAUGAUGGCUCUACUGCCCAUGAUGUACAAGAUGGGAGUUAUGACAACAAUGCUUGGUGGUCUCAUAAUUCUGGCACUUAAGGGCCUCACAAUUGGUGUCAUUCUACUCCUGCUUGGAUUUGGAAACUUCUUCCAUAAAUUUAAGAGUCAGGGACCUCCUUGGUAUCCUCAUCACCCAACCGAUAUCCAUGUUCAUGUCCAUACAGAUGGACAUAAACAAGCAUAUAGUGGCUGGCACUAUGGCCCUGUGUCAGCAGAUCAUUCAGAAGUGUACGGAGAAUAACUUUCUUAUGUCGAAAAGUGAUGCCAUGUGAGUGACUUUAAACAAAGUUUGAAAAAAAAAAUAUAUUGUGUCUCAUGGAGGACUCAGGUUUUUCCUAGGAAAGAAACAUAUGCAUUAUCAGUUAACAAAAAUAAAGUAAGUCAUGUGUACUUAUCAUAAAUGGAUGCCUUGAUACUGAUGUAUUCAUGUACAUUUUAUCAAUCUUAUGAGUGUUUGAUGUUUGGCAUUUGUUUGAUGAUCAUGGAUUUUGUUUAAAAUACAUCACAUCUGCAAUUUGAAUAUAAUUAAAUGUGACUGUACGUAUGUGACUUUCAGCAUUUUACCUGUGGGUUUCAAGAGACAGGUUUUGUUGAAAAACAUUUAUGCAGCAUUCAUUUACUAUCCACCUCAUAUUUGGUUGUCUUUCAGAGGUAAGUCUCUGUUUCUGAGGCAGUUGUUCAUACUAAUAAGGGGAGAAGUGCACUAUUUGUUUCAGCCAGGAGCUUAACACUGAAACUGCCAAGAGGAGCAUCUGUUGAAGGAACUGAAUAACAAAAAUAGUCUCCAAUAAAGAAAAAACACCUUUAAAAAGUUCUCAGAUACAUUGUCACUGUAGUUCUCUAUGGUAUUUAAUUUGUAUGUUUAUACACACAUUGCAGUUAAGAAUGUGACAACCAGUAGUUUUGUGUGUGCGUACAUGUAAUUUAGAUGUUGCUUUGCAUGGUGCUGUAACUGGGAUUGUUGCAUUCAUCUUAUGCACACAAGAAACUGGUGUUGCUCUCGUACUGUAAACUACUUAAUAAGAUUGUCACAACAAAUUUUAUUUAAAUGUACUGUUCAUUUCAGAUAAGUUGUCUGUACUAGUCAUACUUGUAAGUAUAAAGAGCUUCAGCAUAGAAUCAGCUUUGUGGUGCUGCAGGUGUGAUUUUUUUAUAUAUAUCCCUGUUUUCACUUCACAUGUAAUGAAGCUCUAGGUGUCUUGUUAUCAUCAAAUGAUGAAGACUUUGGUACAUAAUUCUAUUAUGCAUUUUAUUACAGUUAUGAACUGUGAUUGAGAUUUACAUAAUAAUGUAAAUAAGUUAUCUAUUUAUUUAUUUAUUUAUUUACUUAUUUAUUUAUGCAAUUAAUUUUAAAGUGCAAACUCUUAUACAAAGGGAAAAAGACUAUCAAGGAACGCCUACAUGUUCAAGUUUUUGAACGAGAUAUAUUUUUCCUUUUGUUUAUGAAGUUUUAAGAAGUUUCAGGCUUCAAUUAAUGUGCUGUAAAAAUGCAUUUCUUUGCAGAUUUCAAACCAGAAUUAUGCAGAUGAACAAUGUAACAAUAAUACAGGCCACCAAAAAUACUUUCAUUACUUUUUGUGGGUGUUGGACACUUAAUCCCUAUCCUUAGUACUUUUAUUUAUUUAUUUAUCUUUUUUCCAAUCACUUCCUGUUUAUCACAAUAUGAUUUCAUUAUAAACUAGAACAUUAGUAAGACAUAUAUAACUGGAAUGAGAAGUAACUUGAUUUUUAAAUAUGAACCAAGACUGAAGUCUAAAUAAAUACAGCCUAAAUGGGGAAACGUUACUUUCACAUCUUUAUUAGAUACAAAUUUUGUGUCCAUUGAAUUAUAUUUACUUUCUCUCUUCUCCUUAAAGCAUCUGAUACAGCAUUUUCUCUGGUGAAUUGGCCAUUGUACAGCUCUGUGAAGUGAUCAUCAGUAGUCUCCUGCAUUACUGGUAUUGCUGAGUCUCUGAUGCCAUCAUUCUGUAACUUCGAAAUUUUAAUGAAAGCGCUCCCUUUGUUGGUCACUGAUACCACACAAAUUAAUAGAUGACUAUUCAAAAAGAGAAUCUUGAUGCUUGUCAAACAGCUUAACUUUUUAAACUUUUCCAGCAUGUUGGCUACAACUGAAAGAUAGUGUGGAUCCUGUUUGUUGCUUAAGCUCAUAGUAAAAAUCUCCUUGAAUGAUACUCCAACACCUUUUUUUUUGAAUAUAUGGUCCAACAAACACACAUUCUUCCAGUUUAGCUUUGGAUAGAUGAAGAGGUGCCUUCCAAUCUUUGGGUAUGGCUUUCAAAAACUUUCAUUAAACACAAACUUAAGGUAUAGAGGUAGAAAUAAGAUUUUUUGGGUCCAUGAGGUUCUCACAGAAAAAAUGAAUGAAGAGCCAAAGAGCUUUUCGUAGUAGUUACAAUAUAUAUUAACAUGUGUAACGACUACCACUGAAAUUUCAACUUCCAGUUAUUUCUAAUUGAAAUGGUAUAUGAAGUAAAUAUAUCAUUAAAAUUGAUAAAAUGCAUGUUCUAGUAAUGAGUGUUAAGUGUAAAAACCAAAUGGUUGAGAUGCCUUUUUCCUUAUUGUACUAGAAUUCAGCUCAGUAAAAGCCUUGAGAAUAAGCAACUUUUAUAUAUAAAAAGUUUUGUUAUUUGUAGGCCUGUGUAACCUGUCCAAAUUUAUUUUAUUGCCCACUUUUUUGUUUUUAACUUUGUGCUGCUAUUUCACAGUUAAGUUAGUAGACAAGUAUUUCGUUUAUACUUGGUGAUCGAUUGUGUGUUAAAAAUUUCAACACGAUGAAAAUGUAAAUACUGUAUCAAUUACAAAUUAAUUUAUCAUAAAUUUGCUAUACUUCACAUGUUGCUGGACUGCUUGCAUUGUACCAACUGUGAAAUCUGAAUGUAUUCUUAACCUAAAAAAUUGUGGUCAUCGUUUUCAUAUAUGUACCUGUAGUGCAGGUUUCGCUGUCCAACGAAGUAGAUGAUUGAACAGUAACACUAGUAUCCUAUAUACAUGAUGCUGAAGAAAUUGUUACUGAUGAAUCAUCCAUGUCAUAACAUAGAAUAAUUGUCUUCCAAUUUUUAAAAUGUACAGUUGAUGUUGUCGUGACUUUUUCACAUAGGCUUGAAUGCAUGCUUUUGUUGUUCAGCUAAUGUUAAUUGUAUUGCAGAAGAUCAAUGUUGUAGCACAGUGAGGUAUCUGACAGCACGCUGGGGAAUGAGUUUUCAGUGAGGAGUAGUUGAGAAAUAAUAUGAAAGAAGCUGUAAAAAUAAAUGUUCUUGGUGUAUAUAUCAGAGAGUAUUUUCUGAUUCAUGGAGCUGUGUAAAGCAAUUUUCAUUUAAACUGAGGAAUAGAACCAUUAACCCAUCAUAUUUUUACCUCAGGGGUAUAAGUUCCAGCAUAUCCACAUAUGAUAGUUAUUUGAUGGGACCAUCCAUACUUACAUAUUUUGCACCUCCAGAAGUAUUCACAUUACGAUUUUAUAUACUUUCUUAUUCAAUAGAUUCAGCCAUCUAGUGUGUAGAUAAGUUGAGACAAUUUUUUUUCCUUACAAAAUAACCACAAUCGGUGAACACUUUAUUUCAAGUGCAGUUACUUUGCGUUGGCUGCAAGUACAUAUUCAUUACCCUAAAUUAUGCAUUUGGUUGCAUUAACAGAUAUUGUGAGAGGCAAACUGUUCAACUGAAACAUGAUUGCUGCUCAGAUAAAGUACACAAAUCGGCCUAAGAAAAUCGAAACCUAUCCUAUGGAUAGUAUUUCAUAGUAGCUGCUGUGCAUUUUUAGUGUUGUUGUUGUUGUUGUUCUUCAAAUCUGUUAGACACAGAGUUCCAUUUGCUCAAAAAAAUUUUGUCUCCUGAGAGCUUAGGUUAUUUUCAAUCUACAGUGUAUACUAACACUCUACAUAUACCUGUAUAGAAGUAUACAAUUACAAUAAGAACAGGAAAGUGGGAAGUUGUCAACACCUGUAAGUAGUUAGUAGAUGAUACUUGAUUGCAGCUAGAGCACAACUUAGCAGACAAGAAUAUACACCAUGUCAUCUAAUAUCAAAAUAAUGACUAAUAAAAAAAAUUCAAUUCAGUAUCCGACUGAUUUUGCAGCUUGAUUGUAAGCUCAUGUGGAGUGAUAUGGUGCACUGUUUGAGGCACUGGAAUAACAUUUGCGAGCAGCAGAGUUCAAAACCCUAUAUUCCCCUCCAGAUUUUGUCUUUCUAUUUUCUCCCUAAAUUGACUAAUUGUGAAUACCAGGAUAGUUUUUUUUAAAAAAAGAUAUGGCCGUCUUCCUUUCCCAGUCUGGUGCAACCAAAGCUCAUGCCCCAACUUUAUCGCUUUACCAACAAGGUGUUGAAAUCUCACUCUUCAGUUUUUUUGCUCUGAACUCUCCACACUGGCACAGAAUCAGCAUGAAAUUCAUGUAAAAAGUACUAUGUUGUCAAGUGUACUAUUGUAAUGAAUUGGCAAGAUCAGUCUUCCAAGUAGAGAAUCUCCCUGCAGAUUAGCCACUUAAAUAUUUUUUCUGGUUCACGAUAGAAAGGACUAUCUUUAGUAAAUUUACCUUUGCAGAAAUGCUAUGUAUUUUCUACCUCGCAAGCAUUCAGUUGCUGCUAUACUGAAGCUGAUCUCUCAUAUAUUGGCCCUUUCAAGAACAAACUGAACUGUAAAUGCUAAUUUCAUAUGUAUUUUAAUGCUGAAUAAGAUUGAUAAAAGAGAACUUGAAUUCGUUACAUAUUUGAAAUAGAUCACACAAUGUGCAAUGUCAUAAAUAGUCUAAUGGCCACCUGGAUAAUUGCCUAAAGAACUAUACUCAGGUUUCUAAGUACCAAAAUAAUUUAUGCUGUUGAAAUAGAUAAUUCAAAUUUAAAUGUUAUGUGAUCUCGCCUUAUGAAGAGAAAGUUACAUUUAUAAUUCUUAAAAUGUGUAUACGUCAGGGUAUAAGUACUUGGAAAAAAUGCCACCCUUCUUAACUUGUAAAACAGUGAAUACUUCCCUGAAGUUACACACAUUCAGUUCUGUCAAGGAUUUCUCUGGGUGUUGAAUAUUAUUACAAACUAAGCAUUGUUUUACAUGCCUCACUUACAUUAUAUAUACCCUGGAGGACAUUAUGUUUUGAAAUGUUAACUUGUUAAGAAAACUAAAACUAAUUAUUAUUACUUUUCUUAUCUGCUUAGCUUGUCGGAUGUAGAUCAUUUCUGUUUGUCUCAUAUUUCAUUUAUGUAUGUUUGUUUAGCAGUUACUGAACUUGGAUCUGCUGCAAUUUUGAAAUAAUUUUACAUCAGUCAGUUUGGGAGGGUAAAUAAUGUAGUGUAUGAUAUAUGUUCGUAAGAUGGAUAGAUGAUUUUUUGCAUUCUUGUAUUUAAACUGGUGCAUAUUGAGUAUUUUAGGUGAAGAAGUAUGUCUGCCACUAUUGUCUGAAUAGGUGUAAGGAAACAACUGCACAAUCGAUGCCCACAUUACUGUGUCAAAUAUAUUUGGUUGAAUCGUAAUCAUCUAUCUGCCUAAAAUAAGUGUGCUCAACAUUGCACUGUUCAAGCAGGUCAGUGUACUGUACACGUUCAAGGUAACCAACCUUAGUUUUGCUAUUACACUUUUACUUUUAUAUCUUACUUGUACAUAGAUGUUGGUUGUAUUGGAAUUCUACAUUCAUUUUUCAUGCUGAUAGGUCCUGGUUAUUAAAUCGUGCUUUGGAAAUCGUGCUUCAUUUAAAUAACGAUUUUAAUCUGAAAUGAAAUUGUCUGGGUUUUUCUAUUGUGUCCCUUUCUUCCCUUAGGAAAUUUUAUGUCCACUUGCUGCUACAUUCUUCUAUAUAGGUAAAUGUUCGAUGAUGAAUAAGGUGCAGCCUCGUACUAGAGUGUAGAACAAUCGAGUGGAGGUGCAGUGGUGGGAUCAUGUGGAGAGCUGAGGCCCUAUUUAGGCAUCACUCGAUUAACAUUUAUUUAUUUCCAAGAGUGUACAAUCACCCAGUCUUCUUCCCAGUGAAGCCUAGCAGCGGCUGUGCUGAGCCAGCUUUGCAUGGAGGUGCAGCAUCCGUCGGAGGCCCCUUGUACUUUCUGGGGUCAGUACUGUAGCGUCAGCACAGGAGGCUGCAGUAGCCAGCAUGUCUAUGCAGCCUGGAAUGGCUGUGGACAUCUGAAGCCUCAGUGCUCUUGAGUGAACCUACAAUUGGGCUCAGCCAAAGAAAUGUGCACGCCCCUUUGGUUGAGAUGGUGUGUAGGUGAAAGAUAAAACAGCAACAUGAAAGACAGCCUGAGAGGCGGUCACAGCAUAUGGCUAGCAAGGUGGUACUUGUACUACCUCUGGAGUGUCAGCAUAGACACCCUGCUCCCAAACUGAACAGAUCAUAGACAAGCAGAUCAGUUCUUCAUCUAUGGAAGAUUGGGCUGGUCCUCACCUUCAGUCAAUUACAGCCAAUCACUGUGGUAACUGACAGGGGUGCAGUGCGUAGAGUUGAAGUUCUGUCCACAGUCGGACGACUGUGGAUUCGUAGAGUGGAUUCCGAGCUGAUGGUGGCUGUAGACACCAGGCCAUCCUGUAACUAGUAGAGUUGACCUUUCAUCAGUAUCAAUGAUGCAGACAGAAUAGUCUUGUCAUAAAUAUGAGUGUGAGGAGACUGAGGGUUUUAUAGUAUUUGAUGACAAGAUUCCCUCCUGUACUAGUGCCUGAAUGUGCUCCAAUCUUCCCAGCCUGUCAUUAUUCUAGACUGGCCUGAUGUUUAGUUUCAGGGCUUCAGGGCAUUCCCUAGUGCAAGUUUGCAGCCUAAGAGGUAUUCUUGUGUCAACCCUAGGGUUUCAGUUGUGUUAAAGUACAAGAUGUUCACUCAGAUCAAUAUCCAAAAUAUCAGUACCUGAAGUGUAAUAAACAGUUUCAGCAUUUAGAAUUGGAACAUAGAUUUCAUCUAUUGAAAAUUUUGAUUUUAUGGUGGAAGUUAGGAGUGAUAGGGCUGGGCUGAGAGGUGUGCAACAACAUUUGGGAAACAUUUUUAUUAACCACCUAAAAUCUUCAAGUGAUAAAUCAAAAUAAAAAGGCAUGUGAUCAAAAUCUUCAGAAGGUUCAAAUAACUUAGGUUUUGUUGCCGGGUGAUGUCGUCAACCAGCACCAAUAUUUCGACAUGAGCACACUCUGUCAUUCUCAAGGCACAACUGCGAUCUUGAGAAUGGCAGGUUGUGCUCCUGUCGAAAUAUCAGCGGUGGUCGAUGACAUCACCCGGCAGCAAACCCGUAAGUUAUUUGAACAUUCAAUUCACCAGGAAAAGUUAAGGUCUCUUCAGAAGGCUGUUAUUAUUUGGGUACAUGCCUUUGUUGCAUAGUUACCGUGCUCCGCAGCAGAUGGAGGUCUGUGAUCUUUCACAGGUUUCCUUCUCCAUAAAUAUAAUACAGGAAGAAUAUGUUCUACUCUACAUUCCAUAUCUUCAGUGUAGAAUUCAAUUAAGGUGUUGAACUCUUCUUGUUGUUGGCUAUUCAAGAGUAUUUCGCCAAUUGAAAUCGGGAGUAGUGAAGAAAAUCCAGACAGCACUUUCUUAUGUUCUGUCAACUUUAACUCUGUUAUAAAGCUAUCAAAAGAAAAAAAAAAAAAAAAAAAACAAACUAGAACCAAACUAUUUAUGGAUUAUUAAAUGGUAGCCCCCUAGCUUUAAUGCUUUCACUGCAGUGGAAGAGUUACUUCUAUAUCUCGGUGAAUAAAAAAAGUUUAUAAUGUUUGUUAAACAACAAUUGUUCCUCUCUGCAUGCAGUCACAUGCAAAAAAAAAUAAUCAUUUUGAUAUCGUGAACCAUUUAUGAGAUAUGAUGAUUGUUUCGACCGCAUGAUUCCUGGUGUGCAUAAAUGGAAUCAGCAGUGUCAUGCACAACUGUCUGCCAGGUAUAAAAAUACACUAUCAUUCCGCUCUCAGUAUUAAAUAAAAUUUUGGUGCUUUUCCUACCCAGCAAUGUAUGAUCUAAAAUCAACCAUAUGCAAACCUACACAGUGCAUUUUUACCUCCACAAACUCUUCAACAUUUUGUGCAGUGCUUUACAUAAUAUGUUGCAGCACAGUAACUAUGACAAAUAAUGGAAGAAAUUCAGUCCAUUAUCAAGCAAAGAUAUCAGACUAUAAGAUACGCAAAAAUCAAAUUUUUCUUCUUAAAAUUGGAUAAUAACUAUUUCAUAGCAGCCUGAACACUGUCUCUCGACACUGGUAGCAACAUUAGGCAAGCAGUAUAGCAACAACAAAGCUUCACUUGUUUCGGAAAGCAGAGUCCAUAUCUACAGCAGUCAAGGAUUUAAUAUUAAAUGGGUGAUACAAAAGCUACAUUUACUAUUGUGCAAGGUUAGCAUUAUUUAACAAAUCACUCUACCAAGCCAAUGCCCUCAUCACAUUGAUAACACAGGUUCCUGCCUGAUGCCGGAAAUUAAGCAACAUUGGGCCCAGCUAGAAUUUGGAUGGGUGACAGUUCGGGAAAAACCAGGUGCUGUUGGUUCCCAGAACCCCAAGUUACUGAAUUUGUGUUCAAUUAAGACUUGCACCAGGCCAUUGUGCCAUACGACAUUCACCAAAGUAUAAAUAAAAAAAACUAAAUGUGAAACAUAACUUCAGGUGACCUGGGGGAACGACACAAUCUGCCUCGCCAAGUACUGCAACUCCCUUCUUGCCAUCAGUGUUAAAAUACAUUGCAAAACUUCCAAUGCUCCAUUCAUCUUUACCUCUCAUAUAAACACACACGUGUGCAAACGUAAUUGGUCAGUGACCCUAAGAGACAACCAUUGGGUGUUGUUAAGUCACUGGAAAUAGGCCAGACUUAUUUAUUAUGUAUAUCAUUGUUACAUACUACAAAUGAAACUCUGAGAGACACUAAAGUCUAAAGCAUUAAAACCUUUUCCAGUUUUUAAUCAUUACAAUGUUGUUUAAGCCAUGUUUCUUUUAUUUCAAGUUUAAGUGAUCGCAGACACAAUAGUUCCACUCUGUAGAUAAUGACAGAAGUCGAUAAAUAUUGUCUGUGCCAAGUUAAGCUACAGCCGCAGUGGAGUGUGCAGUGCGGGGAGAUUGGGAAGGAAGGACAUAAGAGGGGGAAUGUUGUCUGUCUACUAUAAAAUGAUGCAACUUUAGGCACGCAUAUAAUCAGCUACAGUAUAAAUUACACACUGAAGUAACAAGGUUAUGUGAAAGCAUGUUACAUUGUUGUUCGUACUCAAAGAAGGUCAUUAUGCUAUUUAUUUUUCAGUUUACACGAAAAAAGAGUUCACCGCCCUGCUGUAAUGCUACAGCUGUUAGAUCACGUAAGUUGGCAGCAGUCACAAACAUAAGAUAGUUGACAUGAAGUGUACCAACAGUAGUUAGAGAACCGAAGCUCAACUUAACAUUGACAGUUUCUCCUCAACCCCUCCCCCCCCCCUUCCACCUGUUGUACACCUCUUGUUUCCUCCUCUUCUCAUUUUUCUUUUUGCAUGCACCCAUUGUGUUUCCUAAAUAUAAACACAUCUAGGGAUUACAGGUGCUUAGCAGUUUUUAAUAAUAAAGCUGAUCGUUGGGUGAAAACUGUUACAAAGUCAUGAAAAUUAUAUGGUUUCUUCAGCCUUUUUAUGACAAAAUCAGUAGAAUGUUGUCAACAAGACAAUCGGUUCAUUGUCUUGCCGCCCCCGCCCCCCCCCCCCCCCCCUCGGUAUACCUUCCCAAAACAGCCCACAAAUAUAACUCUUCCUAAACCAUCCUGGACAAUUAGAAACUGCAGAAAAUCCUCCUUUUUACGUGGGCAUAUCACAGAUAUUUAUCAUUGCUCAGCCAGACGUGCAGGUAGGUGUUUUGGCAUGUAAAUCAGUGUUAGUAGCUAGUAUGUUAUCGGAAUGGCAUGGUGCAACCAUCCAGAACAUUUUCUUAGAUAAAAGUGGCUAUGAAAAACUAAAACAUUCACAAACAUUAGUUUUUAGUGGCUUGGUCCCAGAUGUAACCGCAACUGGUUACAAGGCAGCAAUAUUUAGUAUCUGGUAUCGUGUAGGAUAUGGUAUCAUGUAUGAGAUAGAGAUGCACAUGAUAUAAAAAUUUCUAAGUUUAAUUUAUUGUUGUUCAUGAGAGAAGACAAAUACAUAAGUUGUGAUAUGCUGCCUGUAAUGAACUUUUGAUAACAAGUCUAUGUAAUUGUGCAUAUAUAACAGAAAAUAUUUGUUUCUAAAAAUCUCCCCUCAUUUAUAAUUACAAAUAGAUUGAAAAACAUGAGGGCACAUUAGCUGUGAAUGCAUUUAAUUUGUAUAUCAGCCUUAAAUGGAACUGGUUUAUGAAAUUGAAAUUGUUAAGAUGAAGCUGUGAGUCCUUUCAAAUGAAUUGUUUCCUGUUUGUAUAAUUUUUAGUAUCUCUUUGUGUGUUAGUCACUUAAUUGUCACUAAGACAAAUGGAAAGUGUUUACCAACAGUUAUCUGCAAUAGUUAACUACACAUUUAUUGUAACAUCAGUAUUAUAUGUGACUGGCUAUUGAAAUUGCUCAAGUAGUCACACUGUAUUCUCAAUUUUUUUUCUUCUGUUGUGUAGUUUUACUGCAGCCUUAUUACCUAUAUUGUUUACAUACAAUCAUAAAUAUUUGUACAGAAAGAUUGUUUUUAUAAUGCACAAAUAAAAUAUAUGGAAAAACUGAAA